AUGCCCGAGAAUGUCUCCCUCAUCAGGAACCGGACGGAAGUCGGGCAGGGUCGCGCUUGGGGUAGCGGAACCGGCGCGCGGCCGGCAUGGGUCGUCAUGGUACUGGCCGGUGUGCUGAUCUUCACGAGCGUGGUGGACGUGCUCGGUAACGUGCUGGUGAUCAUCUCAGUGCUCCGAAAUAGAAAACUGAGAAACGCGGGCAAUGCGUUUGUAGUGAGUCUGGCAUUCGCCGACCUGCUGGUGGUUUGCUAUCCAUACCCUCUGGUCCUCCACGCCAUGCUGCACGCGGGCUGGCUCCCAGGAGAGAUGGAGUGCAAGGUCAGUGGCUUCCUGAUGGGAGCGAGCGUCAUCGGCUCCAUCUUCAACAUCACCGCCAUCGCCAUCAACCGCUACUGCUUCAUCUGUCAGGCCAACACCUACGAGAAGAUCUACGGCCGUGCUGGGACGCUAGUGCUCCUGACGCUAGUAUGGGUCCUGACCGCUAUCGCUAUUCUUCCAAACCUGUCGCUGGGGUCUCUGACGUAUGACCCGCGCGUUUAUUCCUGCACCUUCAGUCAGACGACAAGCGCAGGAUACACCAUCGCUGUGGUGACUGUGCAUUUUUUGCUUCCUAUCGCCGUGGUUACGUUCUGCUAUCUGAGGAUUUGGGUGUUGGUUCUUCGCGUGAGGAGGCGGGUCACAACUGACGUCAGGCCACGCCUCCGUCCCAGUGAGUUGCGCCAUUUCUUGACCAUGUUUGUUGUUUUUGUGCUGUUCGCUGUGUGUUGGGCACCGCUCAAUCUGAUUGGCCUUGCUGUAGCGGUGGACCCGCCCCGCGUCGGGCCCUUGGUCCCUGAUUGGUUGUUCGUAAUGAGUUAUUUCAUGGCAUACUUUAACUCUUGCCUGAAUGCUGUAGUGUACGGACUGCUCAAUCAGAACUUCCGCAGAGAAUAUCGCAGGAUUCUUCUGUCGCUUUGUAAGCCACGCCUCUUCCUGCAGGAGACAUCAAAGGGCGGGACUGAGCGCAGCAACAAGCAGUCACCUGGCAACAAUAACAACGACGAUCAGCCCAAAGCAAACACAAUAUAA